UAGUCAUCCGAUGUUGACCGGCCUCUGCUCUGCGCACUUUUGUGAGAAUGGCACUUUUACCAUCUUUGGGUCGAGUAUCCGCUGGGAUUUCGAAGGUGGGGCAUUUGCCGGGAUUGUCAAGAUGGACAGCGCCCUCUCUUGUCGGCCAUAGGAGGCAGUAUUCGGAGGGGGUAGAGGAGCAAGAUCUCGUUGUGAUUGGAUCUGGACCUGGUGGUUAUGUAGCAGCAAUUAAAGCAGCCCAACUUGGCAUGAAGACGGUGUGUAUCGAGAAGAACGUAACCCUCGGUGGCACAUGUCUGAACGUCGGCUGCAUCCCAUCCAAGGCUCUCCUUAAUAACUCCCACUAUUACCACUUGGCCACAUCAAAUGACUUCAAGAACAGAGGCAUUGAUGUUGGUGAUAUCAAGCUGAAUCUACCCAAGAUGAUGGAGCAGAAAUCUGGAGCCGUGAAGGCCCUGACAAACGGUAUCGCACACCUCUUCAAACAGAACAAGGUAACAAGAUUGGAGGGUCACGGUAAAAUAACCACACCCAACGAGGUCGCCGUCCUUCACCCAGACGGAAAGGUCAAAGAGGUCAUCAAGACUAAAAAUAUCCUCAUCGCAACCGGGUCAGAGGUCACCCCAUUUCCCGGCCUGGAGAUAGACGAAACGACGAUUGUUUCUUCCACUGGAGCGUUAUCUCUAGAGAAGGUUCCAGAACACAUGGUGCUUAUAGGAGCUGGUGUUAUCGGACUUGAACUGGGGUCUGUUUGGCAGAGGCUUGGAGCUAAAGUCACUGCUGUUGAAUUCCUUGGACAUAUAGGAGGUCUUGGCAUCGACAUGGAAAUAUCGAAAAACUUCCAGAGAAUUCUGAAGAAGCAAGGAAUGGAAUUCAUGAUGAACACAAAGGUGAUGGGAGCCACCAAGACAGAUUCAGGAGUCACAGUAACCGUCGAGUCGGUCAAAGACGCGAGCAAGACGGAGGAGCUGCAGUGUGAUACGGUUCUCGUCUGCAUCGGUCGACGACCGUACACACAAAAUCUCGGUCUUGAGGAUGUUGGAAUUGAACUAGAUGCACGCGGCAGAGUACCAGUUAAUGAAAGGUUUGCCAGUAAAGUCCCAAGUGUCUUCGCUAUCGGUGAUUGCAUCCACGGGCCGAUGCUUGCGCACAAAGCAGAAGACGAAGGCAUCAUAUGCGUUGAAGGAAUUGCCGGUGGCGCUGUUCACAUUGACUAUAACUGCGUGCCGUCGGUCGUCUACACCCAUCCUGAGGUGGCGUGGGUCGGCAAGACGGAAGAGCAGCUUAAGGAGGAGGGAGUCGCCUACAAAGUGGGAAAGUUCCCGUUUGCCGCCAACAGUCGCGCUAAGACUAAUG